AUGACCAAUAAUUAUAAUGAUUUGCCUAAUUUGCAAUCCGGGAAUAAUAAUGACACGAACGUUGACUAUAUUUUUAAUAGUCCCAAACCUUUUUUGAAAUUUAUUAAUGAUUUUUACUUGCAUUCUGUCACCAAUGCUAAAUAUGUAGAUGUUAAAUUUCUUUUAUCUAACAUUGCAAACCACCACCCGACUCAAGAUAAUGAUACAAAGAUACUUUCACAUUUCCUCAGUGCCGGAUUUCAAGUUUUACUAACUGACAUCAGUGAGCAAAACCACAAUUCUUUGAACGAGUAUGUUAAAAACUGCUUCACAAACUCAUCACACAUAUCAACAGCUCAACUGCCUGUACAAGUUUUACAAGAUAUUCAAAAUGACUCAUGUAUCCCAGCAACUUCUAUUAAUGAUUAUGGCAGAGAAAAAGAUGAAAAAUUAUGUUUCAGCAAAUAUAACCAUGCUUGUUUAGGAGGAACUUUUGAUAGGCUGCAUGUUGGUCACAAAAUUUUGCUUAAUCAGGCUGUUUUAGUAGCUAGAGAUGAGUUGACUGUUGGCGUCACAGAUGGAGUAAUGAAUCAAAAGAAAUUCCUAUCAGAUCUGAUAGAGCCAACAGAGCAGAGAAUAUCUGUACUUAAUUCAUUUCUAACCGACAUUCAGCCCAACCUAAAAUACAACAUCAUCCCAAUUACUGACAUGUUUGGUCCAAGCACCACAGACCCAACCAUCGACUGCCUGGUCGUUAGUGAAGAAACCACGAAGGGUGGUGACAUGGUUAACGAUGAGAGAGUGAAAAAGGGCCUCUCAAAGUUGCACAUAGAGGUUGUACAGCUGGUGAUGAAUGAUUCAGACUGUGGUCACGACGACAGAAAGAUAAGUUCUUCUAACAUUAGAAAACAACUGCUUGGUACUUUGUUAAGAACGCCGCAGAACAAGGAUAGCCUCCCAAAGUCUCCAUUCAUCAUUGGCUUGACGGGCGGCAUUGCAAGCGGCAAGACAUCUGUAAGCAAAAGAUUAGAAGGCCUUGGUGCUGGCAUCAUCAAUUGUGAUUUGUUGGGCCAUGAAGCCUACCUACCUGGAAGUGAAACUUUGGAAAAAAUUCGCCAAAAUUUCGGCAGCGAGGUCAUAGAUGCUACUGGCCAUGUUGAUAGGAAGAAAUUAGGUGGAAUCGUUUUUAGUGACAAAAAUAAGUUGAAUGAACUGAACCAAAUUGUUUGGCCUGCCAUUCAGAAAUUGGUCGAAAAAUAUGUUCAAAAAUUGACAUCGGAAGGUAAGUCAAUAAUUGUGUUGGAUGCAGCCGUGCUACUGGAGGCUGGUUGGGAUGGAGGUGUGCAUGAGGUCUGGACCGCCAUCAUCCCCGCUCAUGAGGCGGAAAAACGAAUCAUGGAGAGGAACAAAGUAAGCCAGGGUGAGGCGCGGGAGCGUAUCAAAUCCCAGAUAUCCAACCAGGAACGAAUCAGCAGAUCCAAUGUAGUCCUGUGCACACUUUGGGAGUACCCCUAUACACAAAAGCAGGUUGAAAAAGCUUGGAGGUUAUUACUGGAAAGGAUUCCGAAGUAG